UGGACCGAACAUGAAGUCCUCGUGUACCUGCUCAGCGCAAUGGAACACUCCAGCCUCAAGAUCGACUUUGCGACUGCUCCCGUCCCCUUUGGUCGUAAUGCCAGCGGCUGCAUGCAGAAGAUCGGCAAGAUGAAGACCGCUCUCCGAGCUGAGAUCGAUGCUCUCAAGGCCGGCGAACCGAUUCCUGCUGCGGAGGGCACGCCCAAGAAGAAGGCUACUCCUCGUAAGCGCAAGGCCAAGGGUGAGGAUGAGAACGGCAACGGUAGCGCGAAUGGCAGUCCCAAGAAGCGGGGCCGUGCUAAGAAGACCGCGAAAGUCGAGGAGGAGGAAGAAGACCUGCUGGUCAAAAGCGAGAUG